AGAUACAGCAUAUGUGACGCGAGUCAUUAUGUGUUGUACUUGUGCAUGUGGCCGAUAGAAAAGAAAGUUAGUGAAUUAGCAACCUACGUAAGAAAUUCUGAUAUCGCCACGGCACACCACUCAGUCUGUUGAACAGUUGGUCUUGAGACAUUCAAUUCUCCGUAACCGGUCUAACAGCUCACAGAAACAUGCCGCGUAGAAAGAGAACUGCAGGAAGCAGGUCCGAUGGAAUGGAAGACUCGGAUUCCUCUGCUGACCUUGAGCACACGGACAGCUCCGAGAGCGACGAAAACACCUACAAGAAUGCACGCCUCACCCGCUCUUCGGUGCGUCUCAGCCAGAGUUCACAAGCAGCAGAAUCGAAGCAAACCGUGGACCAGGGUGAGUCUCCGCCACGCACUCCCACAGAGAACGCCCCUUGCUCGGAUUCGGAUGCUGACAUCUUCAGCCCAAACGAUGAAAGCCUGGCCAAGGAUCCAUUGCUCCAGGACUCGGGGAGCGACCUCUCCCAGCGGCCAAAGCGCCACCGCUUCCACGAGAGCUACAACUUCAGCAUGAAGUGCCCCACACCUGGCUGCAACUCCCUGGGUCAUCUGACAGGGAAACAUGAAAGGCAUUUCUCCAUAUCUGGUUGUCCUCUCUACCAUAACCUGUCUGCGGAUGAGUGCAAGGUGAGGGCUACCCACCAUGACAAGCAGGUAGGGGAGAAGUCCCUGUCUCACCGCCAGGAAGAGAACAACAGGCAUGCCAUGUGCCACCAGGUGUCAACAGAGAGGCAGGUGAGAGACAAGGAGAAGGUGACAGAAAUGAGGAAGAGGAGGAGCUCCGGGCUGGUGAAGGAGGAGGAGAAAUGCAUGGAGCAUCAGCAGAUGCAUGGCAACACCAGAGAGCCCCUCCUGGAAAACAUCACAAGCGAGUGUGACCUGGAGCUCUUUCAAAAAGCCCAGGCACGUGCCUCAGAUUAUCUUGAAAAGCUGCGGCUUCAGGGCCAGAUCACGGAGGGCAGCAAUAUGAUCAAGACGAUCCUGUUCGGCUGCUUCGAGCUGGAUACCUGGUACCAUUCGCCCUACCCGGAAGAGUAUGCCCGCCUGGGCCGGCUCUACAUGUGCGAGUUCUGCCUCAAGUACAUGAAGAGCCAGACCAUCCUGCGGCGGCACAUGGCGAAGUGCACGUGGAAGCACCCGCCAGGAGAUGAGAUCUACAGGAAAGGGGUUAUCUCAGUCUUUGAGGUGGAUGGCAAGAAAAACAAGAUCUACUGCCAGAACCUGUGUCUGCUUGCCAAACUCUUCCUGGACCACAAGACACUGUACUAUGACGUGGAACCUUUCCUCUUCUAUGUCAUGACUGAGGCUGACAACACAGGCUGUCACCUCAUCGGGUAUUUCUCCAAGGAGAAGAAUUCCUUCCUGAAUUACAACGUGUCCUGCAUCCUGACGAUGCCACAGUACAUGAGGCAAGGCUAUGGCAAGAUGCUGAUUGAUUUCAGUUACUUGCUGACCAAGGUGGAGGAAAAGGUGGGCUCCCCUGAGCGGCCACUCUCAGACUUGGGGCUCAUCAGCUACAGGAGCUACUGGAAGGAGGUUCUACUGCGCUACCUGCACAAUUUCCAUGGCAAGGAGAUCUCCAUCAAAGAGAUCAGCCAAGAGACCGCAGUGAACCCGGUCGACAUUAUCAGCACGCUGCAGUCCCUGCAGAUGCUCAAGUACUGGAAGGGGAAGCACCUGGUCUUAAAGAGACAGGACCUGAUCAACGAAUGGAGGGUCAAAGAGACCAAAAGAGGCAGCAGCAACAAGACCAUUGACCCCAGUUCUCUAAAAUGGACCCCACCCAAAGGAACAUAGGAUCCAUCAGCACCCUAUCCCUGUUCCUAUGCUCCUGCAGAGCCAGUUGCUUGAUUGGGAGAAGGGUCCCUUCCCUUCAUAGGUAUGGGGGAGGAGAUGGUGUUUAUUUUUCAUUUUGGAUAUGUUGUGUAAUUUUAGCUUAGUUCAGGUUUUGUCUAAUGAAUCCCACCAUUCUCACCUUCAUUCUACACAUAGUUUUACUGCUGUUUUAGGUUACAGAAAUAAUUUUAAAACAUAAACCGUUUUAAAACUGUUUUUAUCACUACUUGAAUGUUAAAAUUUGAAUGGGAAAAUGCCUCCAACAGAGGUAGAAAAGUACAUGGUCAACUUUAUUGAAAGGCCACUGAUUAUUAUUUAGAAGAGGUUAAAUUUGCUGGGUUCUGUGUUCCAGCCCAUGUUUAUUUUAAGUUUACUAAUCAGUGUGAAAAUGUUGUUAUUGCAAAAAAUGUUGUCAAAAUUUAUUUUAUGGUACCAGUGGAGUCCAUCCUUAUUGCUGAAUACAU